AUGAAAAAUCAACGAGACAAACUACGUCAAUAUCAGAAACGAAUCACCGUCAUCACGACACGCGAAACCGAGAUCGCGCGCGAGUGCCUCGCGAAAGGCGAUAAAGCCAAAGCACUCCUCGCACUCCGACGGAAGAAAUACCAAGAGUCGCUACUCUCCAAGACAGACUCCCAACUGGAACAAUUGGAGAAGUUGACGAGUAGCGUUGAGUUUGCGCAGGUUCAAAAGGAUGUCGUGUUUGGUCUUCAACAGGGUACACAAGUACUCAACAUGAUUCACAAGGAGAUGGGCGGGUUGGAGGGCGUGGAGAAAAUGAUGGCCGACACGGAGGAAGCGAGACGAUAUCAAGAGGAGAUCAGUGAGGCUCUGGCGGGACAGAUGUCCAACGAGGAUGAAGACGAAGUCGAGGAUGAACUCGAAGCCAUGGAGAGGGAAGUGAGCGGCGUGGCGGCCCUUCCCAAUGCGCCAAACAAGACAAUCGUGGGAGAAGGUGUCUUGCCUGAAGUUCCCAAGACGGAGCUGGAAUUGGAGCAAGACCGUGUGCAGAAACAGAAAGAAAGGGCAAAACAGAGAAGGAUUGCGAUGGAGGCUUCGUGA